AUGGAGCCCAGUUCCACAGAGGGAGGAGCUGAGGAGACGCUCCUUAAAAACCUUCCACCUAGUCCUCCUCAAAAAGUGAUGCUCAAACACGGACAAGAGCUGGAGGAAGAGCAAGAGGAGUUGGCCGAGCACCGGCCUCUGGAGCAGGAAGACCUGAACUUUGAGAGGUGGAAGCGCAGGCCGGUACCCCAGAGGACGCUCUACCAGAAAAUAGACGACAUAAAGACGUACCUGUGGAAUGCGGAGACCAAGGAAUUCAUGGGUCGCUCUGGAAAGAGCUGGGGCCUCAUCCUUCUCUUCUACGCCGCACUUUAUACCUUUCUUGCAGCCAUGUUUGGCGGCUGUAUUUUUUGCCUCAUGUGGUCCAUUAGUCCCUACCAUCCCACCCACAACGAUAGAGUGAUGCCACCAGGUAUGACGAUGGCUCCACAUCUAGACGGCCACGACAUCGCCUUCAACGCCACUGAUCGCAAAUCCUGGAAGAAGUACGCCAGGUCGAUGGACGAUUAUUUACGACCGUACAACGAUGGCGUUCAGGAGAAGAAGAACAUCCGGUGCACACAGGACAGAUACUUCAUGCAAGACGACUUGGAGGAGAGUGCCGAGCGGAAAGCGUGUCAGUUUAAGAGGUCCAUGUUGGGGGACUGUUCGGGGCUGCAGGACCCCAACUACGGCUACUCUCAGGGAAGGCCAUGCAUCCUCCUUCGAAUGAACCGGAUUCUUGGUUACUUACCUGGCAUGGGCAAACCCAUAAAUGUGACUUGUAGAGUAAAGAAAGGACCACCAGAGGCCUUGGGAGAACUCCAGUUUUUUCCUAAAGGCAUUUUUGACAUGAAGUACUUCCCCUACUAUGGGAAGCUCAGACAUGUAAACUACACUGCACCGGUGGUAGCUGUGCGUUUUGCCAGGGUGCAGUACGACUCGCACAUCCAGGUAACAUGCAAACUGAACGGAAAGGGCAUCAUCAACGAUUCGUCCACCGACCGCUACCUGGGGAGCGUGACCUUCUCCCUGGAGGUCGGCGCCUGA